CGGCGUAAUAAAUACACCCCUGGUCCUGACCAUCAACAAAAUACGACCGCAUACAACCACUCGAAAACUACAUUUCCUAGCUUCCUUUUCACGGACUCAAACUGAAAAAAUGACCAAAGAGUGGUUCGGAGCGGGUCUUCUGUAGUCGAUUCUGAAAAUCUUUCGAGCGAAUAGCCCUGUAUUCAACUACAGUACCCACACGUCACUGUCAGGUCCUACUCGAGAGCGUUGGUUAGUCAGGGAUAUCACACCACUGUCUAUCCCACUCUCCCCCUGUAUCAACGCAUUGACAUAGCUAGUAGAAGACAAUAAAAAAUAAAACAUUUCAAGCCGAAGAUGGCAGAGCUUGGAGCGGGGAGCCUGCUGUUGGGGGAUCCUGCUUUUAAUUACCAAGAAGCCGAGCUAAAUGAACGAUUGAAGCGGCUCUACCCGGCCGUAAAUGAGGAUGAGACCCCCUUACCCCGAUCAUGGAGCCCCAAGGAUAAAUACAGCUACAUCGGGCUCUCACAGAACAAUCUGCGGGUGCAUUACAAAGGUCAUGGGAAGAAUCACAAGGAUGCCGCGUCUGUGCGUGCCACUCAUCCCAUACCAGCCGCCUGUGGGAUCUACUACUUUGAAGUGAAGAUUGUCAGCAAGGGCAGAGAUGGGUACAUGGGGAUUGGUCUGUCUGCCCAGGGAGUCAACAUGAACAGACUGCCUGGUUGGGACAAGCACUCGUAUGGUUACCACGGUGAUGAUGGACACUCCUUCUGCUCUUCAGGGACUGGCCAACCAUAUGGCCCAACCUUCACCACUGGCGAUGUGAUUGGUUGCUGUGUGAACCUAAUUAACAACACCUGUUUCUACACCAAGAAUGGCAUCAGUCUAGGUGUAGCUUUUACAGACCUCCCUCCAAACCUGUACCCCACAGUGGGCCUGCAGACUCCUGGAGAGAUUGUGGAUGCUAACUUUGGCCAGCAGCCCUUUGUGUUUGACAUUGAGGACUAUAUGAGUGAAUGGAGGGCUAAGAUCCAUGGCAUGAUCGCCCGCUUCCCUAUCGGCGAGAGACUGGGGGAGUGGCAGGCAGUGCUGCAGAAUAUGGUAUCCACCUACCUGGUGCAUCAUGGGUACUGUGCUACGGCCACAGCCUUUGCCAGGGCUACAGAGACCUUGAUCCAGGAGGACCAGACCUCCAUAAAGAACCGGCAGAGAAUACAGAAGCUGGUAUUGGCAGGGCGUGUUGGAGAGGCCAUCGAAGCCACACAGCAGCUGUACCCUGGACUUCUAGAACACAACCCCAAUCUACUCUUCAUGUUGAAGUGUCGGCAGUUUGUGGAGAUGGUAAACGGUACAGACAGUGAGGUACGAUGCUUUAGUGUCCGCUCCCCCAAGUCCCAGGACAGCUACCCUGGCUCCCCCAGCCUGAGCCCCCGACAUGGAGCCACCAACCCCAAUCUGCACAGUGCAGGAGCAGACAGCCCCACAUGCAGUAACGGGGUCACCCCUCCCAACAAGAACAAGAGCCACAACAAGUAUCCAGGCGUCAGCUCUGCCUCCUCCUCCUCUUCUUCCUCCCCUUCCUCUGUCAAUUACUCUGAGUCCAACUCCACUGACUCCACCAAGUCCCAGCCUCACAGUGGCACCAGCAACCAGGAGGAGACCAGGUGUGUGGCAAGUGACAGUGAGAUGGAGAUUGAGGCUGAGCACUACACUAACGGGGUGGCAGAGAACCCCUCUGCUCGGAUCAUGAAUGGCACCUACAAGCACCAGGGAAUCCUGCAAGCUCAGGACAUCAGCCUGGGCAACGGAGUGGCAGAGGAUAGCUGUGCUUCCAGACAGCUGUGUGGAGGGAACCAAGCAGCCACAGAGAGGAUGAUCCAGUUUGGCCGUGAACUGCAGGGCCUCAACGAGCAGCUGUGCCGUGAAUACGGCAAGAACGUCACACACAAGAAGAUGCUGCAGGAUGCCUUCAGUUUAUUAGCAUAUUCGGAUCCCUGGAACUGCCCAGUGGGGCAACAGCUAGACCCAAUGCAGAGAGAGAAUAUCUGCUCUGCUCUUAACAGCGCCAUCUUGGAGUCUCAGAACUUGCCUAAGCAGCCCCCUCUGAUGCUUGCUCUGGGUCAGGCCACAGAGUGUGUCCAGCUCAUGGCCAGGGUCCGCUCAGGGUCCUGUUCCUUCGCCAGAGUAGACAACUUUUUGCACUAGCCCCAGUCCAGGUAAUGUUCAGGACUAAGAAGAGGUCUUUCCAAUGGGUUGCCAGAUGACUGAGGAAAGCAUGUGUUUGAAUUUGUGUGUCGCUUGCCAUUUGGCAGAAGCAAAUGGACAGGGGAAUGAGUAGAACAUGACAGGAAAGCUUAUUUUUAAUUUAGUAUUAUCAAAUACAAAAUGUGUGACUCUAUUUAAAGAAUUCAUUAUUAUUCUGUUUAUCUAGUCAUGUUCUAGGUUUUAUUUAGUCAGUUUGUUGUGCUCAUCUUGGAAGGAAAAACAAUCUAAUUCCGUUUUUGUUUUUGAGUGGAUUUCAAUUCCCUACACAGUAUUUUAAAGAUGUCAUCAUAUCAAAGAAAUUCAUGUUGGCAUGCUUUGUCGUUACCAAGCAAGAUACUCUGGUUUCUUUCAUUCAGAACUCAGGUAUUCACAGCACAUUUGUCAACUCAGUAUGGGAUAUUGUAGACAGAGGUAUGUUUACCCAGCUGUUCAGUGGCUCCAAUAUAGGACCUGCAUUUUUUGGUUCAAAUUCUUACUACUUAGUAUGACUUAACUCCAGAAGCUAAUUUAAUUUAAAGUUAAAGGUCUGAAUUGGCUUCUGAAAAUGUACACAUGGCUGUAAGCCACUAACCUGCUGGUCACCUCAGAGCCCCAUACAGCAGCAUUCACCUCAGAUCAAACAAUGAUGACACUGAUUCAUUUGUGAGUUUCAAUAUAAGUGUAGUAUAUUUCCAAUCAAGUGUCUCCACUAGCUUGAUAUACACACAAUUUAAUGAUAUAUUCAAUAAAAAACUUAAACUGAUUGCCAAAUAUAAGGCUUUUAAUUUGACCUCCCCUUUUCUAAUACCAAUGGUACUUGCCAUUGGCCACACUUAAUUCAUACAGUCAGUCAUUAAGUCUUCAUACCAGUGCUUUGACAGCCAGCCAUUAUCUUAUCAUCGCGAACAUGCUUAUUUUUCCGCUCUCUUGCGGUUCUAUUUUUCUCACAACUAAUGUGAAGCUGUCGCGUUAAUACAUAAACUCAACAUAGACUCGGUCACUUUUACAAACAUGUGACCUUAACUUUGUUCCUUUGUUUUUGUUUGUUUAUUAUAGUCAGUUGAAUGUUUUUCUUUUUUUUUUCUUUCUUUCAUUACAGUAUGUAUUGUCCUAUUUUUAACAGAUAUUCUCUUGGCACAUGGGACAGUUGUCGAUCAUUGAUGUAUUAACGCAGUAUUUCACCCAGCCAGCAGGAGGCGCUCCACUGUGUGUUGAAUGUAGUUUAGCAGAUUAUAUUAUGUUUGUGCUUCAGAUUUGCUGCUGGCCACCAUGAGAUUGAUAUUGACAUCCCCUGUACCUGUAAGACAUAUUGCAAUGUGUUUCAUUAACUCUUUUGACAAUCCUGCAAAGCAUGUUUGUGAAGCAAAGGGGUGGUGGGAGUAGAAUAUGUCAGCUUCUGUGUUGUUAGUGUUUGGUAGACUUUAAUAUGUUCACAAAGGCCAUUUUGAUUAUUUUUUUUACCCAAUCUUUACAUUUGGACAACAUCUAUCGGCAUCAUGGGCUUAUACCUGCUAAAAUAUAUACAAAAACAAGAACAAAUACCUUAACUUAAUGUCUACCCUGGCCAAACCAUAACCCAGACGAUGCUGGACCAAUUGUGCACCGCCCUACAGGAGUCCCAAUCACGGCCGGGGCGGCAGGUAGCCUAGUGCUUAGAUCGUUGGGCCAGGUUGCUGGAUUGAAUCCCCGAGCUGCCAAGGUAAAAAAUCUGUCGUUCUGCCCCUGAACAAGGCAGUUAACCCACUGUUCCCCGGUAGGCCGUCAUUGUAAAUAAGAAUUUGUUGUUAACUGACUUGCCAAGUUAAAUAAAGGUUAAAAAUAAAUAUUGUAUUGCAGUAGGAAGUAAAAUACUUUAUUUAUUUUACCUUUAUUUAACUAGGCAAGUCGGUUAAGAACAAAUUCUUAUUUACAAUGACUGCCUACCCCGGCCAAACCAUAACCGGGACGACGCUGGGACAAUUGUGCGCUGCCCUAUGAGAGUCCUAAUCACGGCCGGUUAUGAUGCAGCCUGGAAUCGACCUCUGCACCACUCCGGGAGCCCUUUAUCCCGAACCUGUUAAAGACUGACAUACUGGGUGGGGCACAUCAUCUUUCAAGCACACCUAUACACACUGUAACCCAUGUUGGAUGAGGUUUUAGUUGUUUUAAUUCAUGUUGCUUAAUUAGUUCAAUCUUUAGGUGGCGCUGUCCAUUCGCAUGAGUUUUCACUAUAGAGUUUACCAGUAAUUCUGAACAAUACCUUCAGUGAUAGACUUUCAAUAUUGGAAGCAGCCAGCAGAUAGAUUUUGAUUAUAUUUUAUGACAUUAUAGCAAAGCCUGCAUCUCUUGAAGGCUUUCAAAAACUGGAAAUGUUUUUUAAAAUCCUAUAGCCACCCAAAAUGUAUAUUUUAAGAUCAUUCAUUAUGAAAUAGAUUGACUAAUGUUUAGGUGUGUGUGUGUAGAAAGAUCGUAAUCCGUCGAGCUUCUCCUGGGACUUUUAUAGACACACCUACACCUACUGUAGCAAACAAUCUCCCUGUUCUCCUUUUAUGUGUUAUGUUUUUCAAUUGGAGCUAUCCAUGCUUCAAAUGGAGAGGCGAAGGGAAUGGAAUUAGAAAUGAAAAACAACAAGCUGUGCACAAUUUACUAUUUUCUAUUAUUAUUUUAAUUUCAUAUUGAGUUUUGAGUUUAGCAAUUGUGAGGUGAGUUACCCUCUACUUGGCAUGAAACUUUUAGAACCUUUAAAACACACAUAUAUAUAUAUAUAUAUAUAUAUAUAUAUAUAUACACACAAAAAGAGAUUAUAAUGAUAAUAAAAAAUUUAAAAAACAUACCUAUGUACUAGAAACAUGAUAAAGAAAUAUUGUAUUCUGUUUAAUUUUGACAGAAUUAUUUUUAUUAAAAUACACAUCCAUACGCAUA